AUGCCAAGGUUGGUGUUUUGCUGCCCCGCACUGCCUGUUGUGCUUAGCGUUGGCCGUAUCUCCAAUACCCUUGGCAUCCCUUACGCUUUCUGUAAGGGCCGCCGCAUUACACCAAGCUACUCGUGUGGAAGGGGUCUUGGCACUCAUGUGGACAUGCCUGCAGAGCAGGGCAGGGCGGCACAGACAGCCGUUGAGACCUUGAGAUAUGCAGUUGUUAAGCUGAAUUUGGAGCGCAAGAAGAAGCGCUUGGCAGAGAAGAAGCGAAAGCGUGCACUUCAUGAUUUGAAGCGUUUCCCACGCAUUUUUCUCAUGUGCGAUUCUGCGAGUGCUGCGUGGCUUUUGCGGCAGACCAUCUUGGUGGUCGAUGAGCCCCCCAUGGGCAGCGACGACAAUCCGCUCGCCUGCGCCAUGAUGCAAGCCAUGAUGACGCCCAUGUACAAAACUAUUUUGAUGUCUGCCACCUUGCCAAGACCUGCCGCCCUCCCCACGCUGGUCAAAUCUUUCAUGGAACGCUUCAAGAUCCCAGAGUCCAAAAGGGACCUGCACGUGAGGGAGUGCAUGAGCACGCAGCUGGACCGUGGUGCAGUCCUUUGCGGCCCCAGUGGUGCUGUGGCUUUUCCGCAUCAGAAUGUGCAGAGUGCUGAAGAGCUGAAGAAGCUUUGCGUGAGGCAAUGA